AUGUCCUUGCCCGAGGUCCAGAAAGCUCUCUUGCUCGCCGCCAAAGGUCAGGUUCUGGUCAAGAUACAUUCCUCCGCACUCAACCCGGCGGACAACUACAUCCAAUCCCUCGGCAUUUUUGUCGAAGAGUGGCCGUUUAUUUUGCCGAAUGUUUCCUUCGAAAGAGCCAGCACACUACCUCUUGGCCUUGCGACUGCGUCAAUCGGUCUGUACGCAGAAAAGAUCUGCCGCGGCAGUGCAGGGCUCUACCCACCCUGGGAAGAGAGCGGCCGAGGAAAAUACAAGGGCCAGCCGAUCCUUGUCAUUGGUGGCGCCAGCUCCGUAGGCCAAUUCAGUGCAUAUAUAAUUGGCAAACUCUCCGGCUUCAGCCUUAUUAUCACGACUUGUUCCACUCAUUCCGCCGCAUACUGUGUUGCUGCCGGGGCGACCCACCCAAUUGACUACUAUACUACGCCCUACAGCGAACUUUCCUCCGUAGUUCGCGUGAUCGUCGGCCCUUCCACUUUCGUCUCUGAUAUUCUUGCUCCAAGGGGGAGCAUCGUAAUGGUAGCCACGCCCGCUGUUGCAAAGGACGGAGAGGAGGCAAAGGACGGAAAACGCGCGGUGAAUUUCGGUGCGGCACUCUACGGCAAAUUGACUGCGCUGUUGGAGGAAGAGGCGAUCAAGCCUAACAACAUGGACGUGUUGCCAGACGGAUUGGCCGGGAUACCGGACGGCUUGAAGAGAUUACUUGGUGGGGUCAGCGGAGUCAAGCUCGUCGCACAUCCUCAGGAGACACCGUAAAGUAUGCAGUUGCUCGUACAAUACAAUUUUGCCUUUCCGUAG